CCCCGCCCCACCCCGCCCGCCAAGGCGGGCGCUGCCCACCCCGCGGAGCCCAGCGGCGUGCCGAGGCUACAAGUGCGGCGGCUGGUGAUUGGGGGACUUUCUCCGGGAGCCUUGCGGGGACAACGCGCGGUGCUCCAGCCGCACCGGGUGGCCGAAGUAGAAGACUUUCCGGAAGCUGCUGGGGGAUGUCUGACUAGCGUUCAUGGAGCUCUACUCCCUUGCUAAGAAGAGCAACCAGGCAGACCUCUGUGAUGCCAGGGACUGGAGUUCAAGAGGGCUUCCUGGUGGCCAGGCAGAUACAGCAGCCACAAGAGCUGCUCUCUGCUGUCAGAGACAGUGUGAGUCCACCCCAAGAGCAACUGAAAUGGAAGGGUCUAAACUUAGUCCUUCUCCAGCAUCCCCUUCCUCCUCUCUGCAAAACAGGACCCUUCUUCCAGACGCCUUUCCACCAGGACCUCUCCACUCAGGGAACAACCAAAUAACAGCAGAACAGAAAGUCUGUAACUGCUGCAGCCAGGAAUUAGAAACUUCUUUUACCUAUGUGGACAAAAACAUCAACUUGGAGCUGCGGAACCAGAGCUCGCCAUCAGUAAAAGGGCAUGAUCACCCUGGGGAGCUUGGCUGGGAAAAUCCAAACGAGUGGUCCCAAGAGGCUGCCAUAUCUUUGAUAUCUGAAGAGGAGGACGAUACAAGUUCCGAAGCCAUAUCUUCAGGGAAGUCAAUAGACUAUGGUUUCAUCAGCGCCAUCUUGUUCUUGGUCACUGGCAUCCUGCUGGUGAUCAUCUCUUACAUCGUCCCCCGGGAAGUGACAGUGGACCCCAACACUGUGGCAGCCCGGGAGAUGGAGCGCUUGGAGAAGGAAAGUGCAAGGCUGGGGGCUCACCUGGACCGCUGUGUGAUUGCAGGGCUCUGCCUCCUCACGCUGGGGGGCGUCGUACUGUCCUGCUUGCUAAUGAUGUCCAUGUGGAAGGGGGAGCUCUAUCGUCGAAACAGAUUUGCCUCUUCCAAAGAGUCUGCAAAACUCUAUGGUUCUUUCAACUUCAGGAUGAAGACCAGCACGAAUGAAAACACUCUGGAACUGUCCUUGGUAGAGGAAGAUGCGCUUGCCGUACAGAGUUAAUUCUGGUUGUGGACAUCUUGAGAGUCUGCCUUGGCAUUUUAUAGUAUGAAAAAAGAAGUUAAUUUGUAAAAAAAAAAAAAAAAAAAGAAAAAAAAAAUUCACAGUGCAAUUUAUUUGCCUGGCAAGAAAAGUUUAAUUCACAAACCAACAGCCAAUGAGUGAUUUUGUUCUCCAUGUGUCUUCUAUUUAGAAGAAAAGUCAUGUAAGAUGUAUAAGAAACCACAACCAGCCACACCUAUCCUUCUGAAGAGCUCUCGAAGGCUAAUUGAUCUGUAAUGGCCAAGAACUUCUACUUCAAUAGAAAAAUAUUUCUAAUGAUUCAGUACACAAAUAUAUGAUAUUACUCUUUGGACACUAGGUGGUCCUACGCAUAGUCAGAUCAAUUGCUAUUUUGUGAAAAAGAACUAAGCACUAAUCAAUAAUAAGGCUUACAUUUAAUUCUCAAUGGUGCUUAUCCAUUUUCUUGCUAAAUUACCCUCCUUGUUAUUUGGCUAAACACUAAAAUAUGGAGUUUUGAGUUUGAAUAUUUUGAAGUUUGAGGAUGUUGGGCUAUUUUUUAUUGUAAAAAACACUAUGUUUGAAAUUAUUCCUGUAUUCAAAAAUGGCAAUUAAGUCAUUAGGAUAAACUUUCUAAUAAAAGAAAAUUACGUAAA